GCUCCUGUUAACAAUAUUUUAAAAUCCCGGAUAAAAUGGAGCGUAAGAAAGGAGACAGAAAUAGUACGUCUGCUCUUUUCUAAUGUUGAAGCUAGCCGAAGCGCAAAUGACUUGCGCAUGUGCGGUAUUCCUCCCUGCUGCUUGCUGUUUGCGUCUCAAAUCUGGCGUCACUGCUCGUGGGUUCAUUCAUGUUCGGCGAUGGAAUGUUUUCUUGUGCUGUAUGUUGUUGUUUCACGAAUUUAACCUAUAAAAGUCACUAAUCGUGAAUAUAUAAAAGAUAUGUGGGCAUUUUUAUAGGAACAAAUAAUUAUGAGCUACUUUACUAUUUUGCGAUUCAAACAAUCAACAAUUUUAAACAAAGGAUUAAUAGAGCAAUGUGUAAAGCAUUAUCUAAUAUGGCAAGCACGAUUCUACGUCAUAGGAACAGAAAAUCGUUUAAGACACUGUAUUGAUACAAAAGAAAAAGCGAAUCGAAGAAAAGCAUUACGAAUGCGUAUAUUGCAAGAUAUUAAACAUACAAAAAGAAAAGUAGAAGAGAUUAUUGAGAGAGAAAAUAUCUGGACCAUACCGAAUCUGCUUUGCAUGGGUCGUAUUGUGUCAUCACCCUUCUUAAGUUAUUUGAUCUUGUCACAAGAUUAUCAGAUAGCGCUAUGGUUGCUUGUGUGUGCAGGAGUCAGUGAUUUCGCAGAUGGAUGGAUUGCACGUACUUGGACGUCGCAAGCCUCUAAACUUGGAAGCUUUUUAGACCCAGUCGCAGACAAGCUGCUUGUAGGGCCAUUGUUUCUCUCUCUAGCAUGGAUUGGUCUGAUACCAGUUCCACUCGCUUGUCUGGUAGUUACACGCGAUAUUGCUCUGGUGACUGCUGCAUCUUACAUUAGAUAUCGUUCCUUACCGCCACCAAAAACCUUGGCAAGAUAUUUUGAUCCUACACAUGCCACUGUACAAUUAGCACCAACCCUAACAAGCAAGCUAAACACUGGAGUGCAAUUAACUUUGGUUGCGGGAACAUUGGCUGCUCCGGUUUAUCAUUUUGUAGGCCAUCCGAUUCUACAAUGUCUAUGUUAUGUAACAGCAAUCACAACCAUUGCUGGAGGUGUCAGUUAUUUGUUGUCAAAAGAUACAUAUAAGUUAUUGAAGAAAAAGAAGUCUCCAACAGAAACAUCACCUUAAUAUUGUACAUUAUUGAUAUAUAUAUAUAUAUAUAU